AUGGAUGAUGAAGUUGACUACAUGUCUGAUGCCAUUUUGAACGAAAUAGAAGAUGUAAAACCGGGAUUAUUUAUAUCACGAGAUGUCCAACGACAGCGUACAGUGGAGGCGAAUCGACGGAAAAACAAAUGUCUUUCCAAGUCGGAAAGGGAAAUCCAUCACCUCAAGGAAGGUUUAAAGAAAAAGGUUGGGCCUAAAAAUAAAGGUUUCAGUCUACUUUCAAAAAUGGGAUACGUUCCGGGUAAAGGUUUGGGAAAAAAUGCUACUGGGAUAGCUGAUCCUGUUUCUAUUGAAAUCCCUCAGGGUCGUGAAGGCCUCGGUUUCGCGUCUGAAAAAAACGAACGUAUGAUAUUUAGGGAAAACCUCAAACAAAAGAUACAAAUGGCUUACAAAGAUGAAUUCCGAAGCACUAUGGCCGUGAGAUUUCGACAGAACCGUUUGAACCGACAACUGGAUGUUGCCCGUCGGAUAUGUCAAGAUCUGGAUUUAAAAGAACUUAUUGAAACUCCAGUUCACGAAUCAUUCUGGCCACCUAUUGAUCUUGUUCCAACUGAGGUCGCUGAUAAUGGUAAAUAUGGAUCAGGCACUUCGAAUGGUUUUAAGUCUGUUAAAGACAGAAUUCCUGUAAGUAAUGUAUUGCCUCAGGAAGAUUAUGUGAACGAAGAUUUUGCAGAUAAUGAUUUAGCCAAACUGGACUCGAAACAUGCGAAUUGUGACUACACUUCUGUCCAAAGAAAUUUCAUACAACUUUUGAAUUAUUUACGAAGUCGACAUAAUUAUUGCUUUUGGUGUAGCCUGCAGUACCAAAAUCAAUCUGAACUUUUAGAACAAUGCCCUGGAGAGGAUGAAGACCAACACGAUUAA